UCAGCUCAACACUCCGCUCCAACCCCGGCGGAGAUCCCGAUCCUGGAGGCUGGAGACACCCGGAUGGCGUAGUACGGGCGUCGCUUGCCUCGGAAGUUUCAUGUGCAAGACACGGGAUCCGAACCAAAGCAAUCAAGAUGUGGUCAGCUCCAGUACCAGCACUAACCUCCGACGAUCUGCAGCUCAGAAGAAGAAAAUUCAUGGUGAUUACUGGAAAGUUUCACGCGGAUUCAUGCAGCAAUUCGUCUCGGCCCCUCUUCUGGCUCAUCAACUCCACCAAACCACCUCGCUCCCUUCACUCCCGCCCCCUCGCUCUCUCCCACUGCGCCGCGGGCCCCGGCAGCCACGCGCGAACAAGAACCGACCAACCUGAGCUACCACUCCACGGCCCUUUUCAGACGCCCCUGUCCUUCCUGCGUCCUUCUCCUCGCCAGGGUCUCAACAAAACAAUUAUUGUUGCAGUGCAGCGACAGGUGCGGCGUCAAUGGCGUGGGUCUGAGCACUGCCCUUCCUAGCUACGCUACUUAGCUAGCUAGUCAUGGUCAUGGCAGCCAUCAUCGCUACCACCUCACCGCCUUCCACGCUCAUCGUCACCAGCUGCUAGCUACCGACAGUGCAGAGGCUCCGUUCACACGGUGAGUGGCCACGGGUUGGGUUGUGCCACACAUACUUGCGGCGGCGGCGGCCUUGUCGUUUGCCUUGUUCCGGUUGGCCGGGGGAUCGGGUUUGUUUAGUGCCGGAGCUGUACUGCGGCUGUACGUCGCGCCCUCGCGGGUGGGGAGGGGGGAGUAAAGAAUUGGAGGCAGAUUGGAUGCUGUGCGUGCGCGCGGAGGACGCGCUGGCCGCCGCUGCAGCCGCGGCCGAGGCGUCCGACAAGAUGCACUCCAUGACCCUGGGCGGCUCGAUCCAGAGAGCGGUGCGGAGGAUGGCCGGCGGCUGGAGGAGGUCGGCAUCGGCGUCGGCAAGCUGCUCCGGGGAUGAUAGCAGCAUUGGGAGUGCCAAGAGGGAAGGGGGACGAAGGGGCAGCAUGCGGCGGUACAGAUCGCAGCUCGAGCAGGAAGUUAAGAAAUUGCAGAGGCAGCUCCAAGAAGAGCUUGACUUGCAUCUGGCGUUGGCAGAUGCCGUUACACAUAAUGCCGCACUGAUACUUAAGUCUUCUCAAAAGCUUCCAGACAAGGCACAUGAGCUAAUAAUUAGCAUAGCCUCUUUGGAGAUUGCUGUCUCAAAGCUUGAAAAGGACCUAAAUCACCUGCAGUACCAGUUAUGUUCUGUAAGGAAUGAAAGGCUACAUGCAGAAAAUAACCCAGGAUGCUUGCUACCUACAUCAUCAGAUUGCCAACCGUCCACACCUUGUAAUUGUCUAGGCGAAAAACACAUAUUAACGUUAAGAGAUUUGAGAUUUGGAGAUUCUCAGUCAAUGUGGUCAAUGAAAGAAGAUUUAUCAAUUGAACUUGAAGACCAACAGGAUUAUGAAAAAGAUAGUGAAGAUAGACUGUUGGAGCACCGAGCUGAAGAGAUGCAAGAGGCAUGCUCUACGAAAAAAGAUAACAAUGAAGAUCAGAAGAUAGACGCAUUACAAUUUAGUCAAUCCAAUUUGAAGAAAAGUAGCAUCAGUGGAAAUAUGUGGAAUAAUCCAAAUAAGCUCUCUGAAGAGAUGGUGCGCUCCAUGAGAGAUAUCUUCCUACAUUUAUCUGAAUCACCCAAGAUACCACUGAAGGCACCUUCUUAUAAUUCAUCUUCAUCAGCAGAGCGUCUGUCUGGUUCUACAUUGACAUCUUUGUCAGAUUCACCCGUGAUAGCCUCAGUGCUGCGCAGUCCUUCAGUUGACUUGAACCAUGAUGAUGGUAUUAUCGAUGAAGUAAGAAACUUCGAUCCAUACGGUGUUAAUGGGAAGGAAGCCCGGAGAGACAUUGGAACUUAUUAUUCAGCAGCUGAAGUGUCUUGGGUGUAUGUUGGCACGGAUCAACUUGAAUAUGCAUCUGGGGCUCUGAAAAAGUUCAGCUUUCUUGUGGAGCAACUAUCAAUGGUUGACCCUACUCGUAUGAACUGUGAUGAGCGGUUAGCAUUUUGGAUUAACCUGUACAAUGCAUUAAUAAUGCAUGCAUAUUUGGCGUAUGGUGUCCCCGAAAAUGACAUCAAGCUUUUCUCGCUAAUGCAAAAGGCCUGUUACACGGUCGGUGGUCAGUCCGUCAGUGCAGCUGAAAUAGAGUUUGUGAUUCUGAAGGUGAAGACUCCAGUGCACCGGCCACAACUUUCUUUGAUGCUGGCUCUUCACAAAUUUAAUACUUCAGAGAAGCACAAGAAAUAUUCUAUCAGUGAUGCUGAGCCCAUUGUGCUGUUUGCGCUUAGUUGUGGGAUGUUCUCUUCACCUGCGGUAAGGAUUUUCACGUCUGCAAAUGUUCGACGGGAGCUUCAAGAAUCAAUGAGAGACUACAUCCGAGCAUCAGUUGGAAUAAAUGACAAAGGAGAGCUUAUAGUACCAAAGUUACUGCAGAGCUAUGCCAAGGGCAUCGUGGAGGACUCUCUGCUUGCCGAUUGGAUCUGCCGUCACCUGACACUGGACCAAGUCGCUGCAAUACAAGAUACUUCAUCGUCGCACAAGCAGCGGCUUCUUGGGGUGUGCAGUUUUAGUGUCAUCCCGUUUGAUUCAAAAUUCCGGUACCUGUUCUUAUCUGACAACAGUGGGUACCAGAACUGAACAAGCUGCCUAACCUAUGUGCAGAAAGAAACUAGAGUGGGCAUUUUAACAUAGUAAAAAAUGUAUAUCUAUCUAUUAUAUUAUUAUUUGAGAGCAAAAAUGAGCCAUCACAUUCGCUCAUAAGAUCACAAAAUUACCAUGUUAAUUGAAAAAAAUCUAGAUCACUUAUUAUUAUGAACAUCUAACAGUCUAAAUUAAAUAAAAGAGCAUAUAUCAAAUACGAUUAAUAAAUAG